GGCCGCGACCGCUUGGGACCGACCCGUCAGCGUCGUACCGCCGAGCCCUCGCCUUGCAUGUUCCCGCCUGGCCUCCUCACGCCCAAGGGCCCGACCAAGGCCGCGCCCGACAACAACGCGCCCGACAUGCUCUGGUUCGAUACCUGCAUCCAUCCCGACGACGUCAUCGAUGCCAAGGACCACAUGCCCGAGUACGAGUACAACGUCACGGGCAUGAAGCGCAUCAAGAAGCGCGACCGUAUCCAGCUGGGCACGCCCGUCGUCGUCAACGAGAAGGCGAUUGCGCUCUUCCGCCAUGGCAAGCGGCUCUUUGCGAUCCAGCAGAUGUGCCCGCACGCAGGCGGCAACCUCGCACUUGGCGACAUUGAAGAGAUCGACCGCAUGCUGUGCAUCUCGUGCCCGCGCCACAAGUGGCCGUUCGUGCUGCUGUCCGGCGACUGCCUCGUCACGGAAGACAUUCGCGCCGAGCAAUACCCGAUCGAGGUUCGGAAAACGAACGGACUCCUCUCUAUCUUUGUGGGCUUUACGGGCCUAAAUCAAACGCUCUUCUACCAAGAUGAUUUUUAACACUCUAACUAAUUGUACUCUACUC